AUGACCGGCCGGCCGUUAGCGCUGCUGUUGCUGGUUUUAGGCGCCGUGUUGCUCCUCGGGCGCGUCGUGGAAGGCAUCGACUAUGAGCGAGGGGACUUCGUGAGCGUCUCAAGUCGAGCCCAGUACGGGGGGAAGCGCACCAAGUGGCAGGAUCUGUUGUGGCGACACUGCCCGAAGUUUGGGCAAAACGCAGUUGUGGCAGUGCCCGUACCGGAGCCGUUCGAGUGGAGCCCGGGCGACACGUACAAGAUCAUGCUGGGGUUCGACAACCACCGCGUGCACACGACGUGGGCCGAGGUCCUCGGGCGGUCGCUGCGGCAGCGGUUCCCCAAGAAGGACCUGCUGGUGCCGAUGCUCGAGGUCAGCUUCGACUUCGCGGGCAAGAACAUCCGCGCCGUGCGGAGCCAGGUCGUGCCCGUCCCGCAGGACUACCUCCCCGCGCACCCGACGCUGAUCGGGGAGUUCCAGAACGACGGAGUGUGGCCCAAGCACGUCCUCAUCAGGUACACGUGGAGGGACGUGUCGGGCGUGGAUGUGCACGUGGGGCUGUACCUGGUGUUCGUCGUGGGGGGGCUGCCGGCGGUCGCGCUGAUGGUCAAGGCGCUGCUCGCGUCGAACGUAACGCAGCUGCUGGAGGACACAGAGGAAGAGGACGACCAGGGUGUGCUUGACGAGGGGAUCGAGCGCGACGUUUCGCAGGCCGUGACGCACACCGGGACCUCGCAGGGUCUGACCCACCAGCGCCACGCAGCAGCAAGGUCGCCAGCGGCCGCCGCGCCCCCGCCGAUGAUGGCUCCAGCGCCGGGGGGCAACGCGCCGCUGCCGCCGCCGAUCGGAACGCGCCGCCCGCUGCCGGCGCAACCAGCACGCGGCAUCAAGGCGGACUAG